AUGAGCUUCGAAGAUUCAUUGUCUGAAUCAAUUUUGUCACAACAACACGGAGAGCCUGAGCAUGGCUUAGAAGAUUUGUCCGAGCUCUUUGACGAAGUUCAAUCACUGCAAAAUGAAAUGCAACACAGCAUCGACAAAAAAGAAGCACAAACAUCUGAAUCGAAACUCACAAAAAUCAAAGGCAUUUUGCUGAAAGUAAACAGGGAUUUGGCGAAGGAGAAACAAUAUUUAUCUAACUUCAAGCUCACCCAGUCGCAGUCGUUAUCUCAAAUAGAGAAUAAUGUCACAGAAAAGGAAAUGAGAGACAGGGCAAAAAAACUUGUGUUAUAUCAGAAGAGGCUGCUAAACGCAUUCAAGGUACAAAAGUCUAUUGUGACCAAUCUGAAGCAAAUUUCUGGACCGAUUGGCGCAACAAACAGAAAACUGAGAGAAAAUACACAAGAAAAUGCGGGUAAAGAAGCAAACAUUCAGAGGAAUGACAAAAAGAUCAUCAAGGUACAAGAAAAUGACGACACCCAACUAACUUCUAGCAAUUCUCAGCAAGCAAUAAUUGCAGAUAAUAACCCUUGCCCUAGUAUAUCAUCUCAGUCGUUUGUUGUAAUUGACAGAAAAACUCAUGAAGCAAGCACUGCAGCAGCUAGCAAUAGAGCAUCGGUACAGACGAUUCCCGCUUCAAUUAAAACGCAAAAUAUCAACGCUGUGGUCAAUUCAAAAGAAGGAACACAACGAAAGCAACACACUGGCACAAAAGUUCAGCACAGCAAAUUGCCUGCUUGUUCAGAUCCUACUUCAAAAUUCAUUUUACUCAAGAUAAAUACGCCAUUUGUGCAAAAGGGACAAGGAAAUGAGAAAGAAUCAACAAGCACCGAGAAACAACGUGAAUCGAAUAUGCUGCAGCCUUUGUUGAGCCAUUUGAAGCAACCCAACACAGUGAGCCCUGACAACAAAAGAAAACAUGUGGCUAAAAGAAAACGGCCAGUGCAAAAGGCAAUAAACAGCAAACAGAUGGUUCAGGAAAACAGUAAAGUCGAUAAAAACCAGUCACAAACAGUCUCACAGCCAACAAAUAUUCAAGGAAUCAUUGAUGGCAAUCAAAGUGCAGCCCUGCCAUAUUUAAACCCUGUAUUUGAAAAACAGGGAAAGAAUCAAAAUGUAGACAUUAUGUCUCUCAAAUUCAUUGUGACAAUGAAAGAUGAAGAGUUUGUCCCAUCAGCUCAGUUUUUACCAAAAGACUUUUGGAAGGCAAAAUGGAAUUCAGAAGAUUACAUAAUAGAUCAGGAAUUUUUGAAAAAGAUGGAUUUUAUGGACUUUAACUCUUCAUAA